AUGGAUCUGGUCGUGGUCCUGGUGGUCUGUGUCAUUUCUCUGCUUCUCCUUUCACUCUGGAAACAGAACCAUACGAAAGUGAAGCUCCCACCUGGCCCCACUCCUCUUCCAAUCAUCGGAAAUAGCCUACAGAUCAAUUUCAAGAAUAUCAGCCAAUCUUUCAGUGAUUUCUCAGAAACUUAUGGCCCUGUGUUCACUCUGUAUUUUGGCAUGAAACCCACAGUGGUUUUGCAUGGCUAUGAAGCAGUGAAAGAAGCCUUGUUGGAUCAAGAAGAGGACUUUUCUGGAAGAGCCCAUGUUCCAGUGUUUGAAAGGACGAAUAAAAACCGUGGAGUCGGUUUCAGCAAUGGAAAGACAUGGAAAGACAUCAGACGCUUCUCUCUCAAGGCUCUGCGGAAUUUCGGAAUGGGCAAGAGAAGCAUUGAGGAACGUGUUCAACAGGAAGCCCGAACUCUCGUUGAGGAACUGAGAAAAACCAAUGGAUACCGGAAGGAUGUCUAUUUAUGUUUUAUUCACUAUGAAAAGACAUUUGACGGCGUGGAUCGGAACAAAUUAGUGUAG